UUUAUUUAUUUUAACUCUCUUUGGUCAAAGCAGUUACUUUUGUCUUUUUCCAACUGCUACUCACAUUUAAGAAUGAUCCCUAAACUAACAUAUUUAAUUUAAUCACACAGUUGGUUAAUCCUGCAAGGAAUUCACUCAGAAGAACAAAGGCUUAAUCUAAUUUGUUCCAUACUGUGAAGAGGAGAGAUUCGGAGAGAGUCAAGUUACACUAGACAUUGACCACUCGUUGCCAGAACAUAGAGACCCAGCGAUGAAACCGGUUGCAUUUGUGGGGUGCUUAAUGCUCUCCUUUGCAGCUGUGGGAGCGACAAUACAGCCUAGAAAACCUGUUUGGACUGGUUCACUUUUAGUGGUGCCGAUGGAUGGGAGUCACUGGACUGGUGUGAAAGCUGUAGCGGAGGAGAUGGGCCGCAGGGGACACAAAGUGACGGUUGUCAUUCCAGAGGUCAGUGUACUUCUAGGACCUGGAAAACACUACACUACUAGAACAUUUCCGGUUCCGUAUGGAAAGCAACAACUGGAUGAACUCCAAGCUCGGAAUGCUGAGGUAAUGGAGAGUAAGCAGCUACCUUUGUUGGAGAAGAUUAGCACAAGGAUUAGCAACAUGAGAAAAUUUGUGGACCUCCAAAGAGCCACGGCUGAGAGUCUUCUAUUCAACCAAGAGCUGGUGGAAUUCCUGAGGAAGCAGAACUUUGAUGCUGUACUCACCAGCCCAGCUGUACCAACUGGUGCCAUCCUGGCUUAUAACCUCUCCUUACCUGCUGUGUAUAUGUUGAGAGGCUUACCUUGCGGACUAGACUCGACGGCCACGGCCUGUCCAAACCCUCCCUCUUACAUCCCAAGGUUCUUUACAAACAACUCGGACCGUAUGUCUUUUCGCCAACGUGUGUUGAACGUUCUAGUGAGCAUCGUAGAGCCGCUGCUUUGCAGACUGAUAUACUGGUCAACUGAGGAUGUAGCAUCCCGUUUCCUGCAGAGAGAUGUACGUGUGGCGGAGAUCUUGCGCAGUGGAGCCAUAUGGCUGCUGCGGUAUGAUUUCAGCCUGGAGUUUCCUAAACCUUUGAUGCCCAACAUGGUUCUAAUUGGGGGAAUUAACUGUGCCUUGAAAAACCCUCUUACGAAGGAGGUGGAGGAAUUUGUCAAGGGCUCUGGAGAGCAUGGUAUUGUGGUAUUCAGUCUGGGUUCUCUGGUCUCCUCCAUGCCAAAAGAGAAAGCUGCCAUCUUCUUCAAGGCUUUCAGUAUGAUUCCACAAAGGGUUCUUUGGCGGUACACAGGUGAGAUUCCUGACAAUGUCCCAGAAAAUGUCAAGCUGAUGAAGUGGCUUCCACAGAAUGACUUGCUUGGUCACCCCAAAGCAAAAGCCUUUAUCACUCAUGGUGGGACGCAUGGAAUCUAUGAGGGCAUCUGUCAUGGUGUUCCCAUGGUGAUGCUUCCCCUUUUUGGUGACCAGGGUGACAACGUGCACCGCAUGGCAAGUCGAGGGGUGGGAGUGGUACUCAGCAUCCAUGAUAUCACUGCAGAAACACUGGUCGAUGCUCUCAACACCGUUAUUACCGACAACAGCUAUAAGCAAAGAAUGGAGAAGCUGUCGGCCAUACACAAUGACCGUCCCAUGCAGCCACUGGAUCUUGCAGUCUACUGGACAGAGUUUGUUAUGAGACACAAGGGGGCAGACCAUCUGCGACCCGCUGCUCAUGAGCUGAACUGGCUUCAGUACCACAGUCUAGAUGUGAUCGGCUUCCUGCUUUUUAUUGUGCUCAUUGUAACUCUAGCAACAUUGAAAUGCUGUGCACUUUGCUGGAGACGCUGCUGUAGAAAAUCACAGAAGAGGAAGGAAGACUGAUCGUAUAGAGAUCAAAAGUGGUAUUGCUUAUAAAUGCAUACAUUUUCCACAUCUACCGUUAUUUCAGGUUUUCAAUGCCAUCAUCAUGAGAAGCAACCUGACUUCUAUCACCUGACAACUGAGCCAGUGAAAUCUCUCAAAAAGCUGAAGUUUUGUAAAGAGGGAGCACACAUUAAGAUUUUGAAGCAGUUUCAUCUGUAAAGAUUUGUAGUUUACAUGCUUUCAUUUUGAUACCAGUGACCACAGGUCAUCUAGCACAAGUCGUUCAAAGCAACCCACUGUAGGUAGGCUAAAAAAACGCAGGUUCUAGUGCUCUAAAUAUCAAGAGGAAUUCUGGAUAGCGGAAUUAACCUUGGUUAGAUGCUGUGUUUAAUAUGAUACAAAUGAAAGGCUGUGAAACAGAAAUAUAA